AUGAGUCCCCACGCCGCUGUCGGCUCCAGCGAGCCUCGCGAGCGUGGCAAGGCGACACCCGAGACGCUGAAGAUUGGAUGCAUUGCCAUGGUGCUCAAGGACGGCGUCGCACGCCGCGCCGAAAUUCUCAGUAUCCGUGACAAGAAGAGCGGGCGGCACUAUUACUGCAACUUUGACAACUUCAACAAGCGUCUCGACGAGUGGGUGCCGGUGACGCGCAUCGACUUUACGCAGGACGUCGAGUGGCCCAACCCGGAAAAGGACAAGCCCAAAGACGCCAAGAACAAGAAGACGACGGCCGCUGCACAAUCCAAAAAGGCCGCCAUCGCCAAAAAGACCGCCCAGAAGCGCCUCGGCAAGCGCGAGCAAAGUACGGCAUCCGAAGCCAGCACGCCACAUCCGUGGACAGAGUUUGUCGAGUCGCAGCACAAGGGCACCCCUGGUGGCGAGGACGGCUCGGAGGACAAGGCCACCGGCACAGACACGGGCGCUACAUCGACGCCAGCAGCGACGGGUGGAGCGUCCAGCGAGGAUGCGGCGGCGGUUGCCGCUGCCAAUGCCGAAGACGCGGCCAACGGCGAUACGAAUGCGGCGAUCCGCGCCGAAGCCGCCGCCAGCCUGGCUGCUGCGGAGGCUGGUGACAAGAGUUUCAGUCGCGAAGAGGAAGUCGAGAAGCUGCGGACGGGUGGCUCUAUGACGCACAACCCGGCCGAGAUCUCGCGUAUUCGAAACAUCUCCAAAGUGCAGUUCGGCAAGUUCGACCUGUACCCGUGGUAUUUCUCGCCGUACCCAGAGGCGUUUAGUAUGGAGGACGUGAUUUACAUUUGCGAGUUCUGCUUGGGCUACCACGGCGACCUCAAGUCCUACACGCGCCACCGUGCCAAGUGCACGCUGCAACACCCUCCCGGCAACGAGAUCUACCGCGACGACGACCUGUCCUUUUUCGAGAUUGACGGCCGUCGCCAGCGCACGUGGUGCCGCAACCUGUGCUUGCUGUCCAAAAUGUUUCUGGAUCACAAGACGCUCUACUACGACGUGGACCCGUUCUUGUUCUACGUCAUGACGCAGCGCGACGAAAAGGGCAUGCACCUCACGGGCUACUUUUCCAAGGAAAAGGAGAGCGCCGACAACUACAACGUGGCGUGCAUCAUGACCCUUCCACAGUUCCAGCGCCGUGGCUAUGGCCGCCUGCUUAUCCAGUUCUCGUAUGAGCUGUCCAAGAUUGAGGGCAAGCUGGGCUCGCCCGAAAAGCCACUGUCCGAUUUGGGUCUGCUGGGCUACCGGCAGUACUGGACCGAGAGCAUCAUCAACCUGCUGCAUGACUACAACGAGCGCGACGACCGGUGCAGCAUUGAGGCCAUUGCAACCACGCUGGCCAUGACGACACAGGAUGUCGAGCACACUCUGCAGGCGCUCAAGAUGCAGGUAUACCACAAGGGCGAACACAAGGUUGUCAUUCCGACCCGCUUGCUUGAGCAGCGCCAAGUCAUCAAGAAAAAGAACCGCCGUGUCAUUAUUCCGAGCCAAAUCCAGUGGAAGCCGCCUGUGUUUACGGCGGCGUCGCGUACCUGGGGAUGGUAA